AACAGCGGUCGUGAGAUCGAUCAUCUCAGAGUUUGUGUCGGGUUACGAUUCGUCCGUAUCGAAACCCUCGAAGAAGUUUACUUUCCAAGCUGUUAAUUUGUUUUUGAUACGAUGUCCGGCGAGGAAGACGCCACCGUGAGGGAGCCGCUAGAUCUGAUCCGUCUGAGUCUCGACGAGAGAAUCUAUGUCAAGCUCCGCUCAGACCGCGAGCUUCGCGGCAAGCUUCACGCGUUUGAUCAGCAUUUGAAUAUGAUUCUGGGCGAUGUUGAAGAAGUUAUCACAACAGUUGAGAUUGAUGAUGAGACAUAUGAAGAGAUUGUCCGGACGACAAAGCGCAACAUUCAGUUUCUAUUUGUGAGAGGAGAUGGAGUUAUAUUGGUGUCUCCACCACUCAGGGCACCCUAAGUUAAAAACUUGAAUUUGAAGCCCAAGUCUUCAAACAAACAUAUCUUGUGUCCUCUCGUGAGGGCUUUGUGUGACUAUUGGUAUUGUAUUUAGUCACUAGUUGUCUGAAACUAAAAACAGCUUGAAGGAGCUCUUUUGCUUAAAUCCCAAUUGCUCUCGGAUA